AUGGUCGAGGCUCAGAAGCUCGACAAUCGCAAUGCUGACAAGGCGGCCGUAUACCUCAACAGCACUGAGCAUUAUGAGCCUCUCACUCCUGCCGAGGAGAAGAAGGUGAUGCGAAAGAUUGAUUGGAUCUUGCUGCCAAUGCUCUUCCUCGUGGCCACUCUAGGAGCUAUUGACAAAGUUGCUCUCGGUACGGCUGCGCUCUACGGGCUCCGCGAGGACAACAACCUUGUCGGUCAGCAGUACAGCUGGCUCGGCUCCAUUCUCCCUCUGGGUGCACUUGUCGGCAUGUUCCCCUCGACCUGGCUCAUCCACCGCCUCCCAAGCGCCAAAUAUCUCUCUGCCUGCUCCAUGGGCUGGUCCGCGUGUGCCCUGCUUAUGGUAGCAUGCCACAACUUUGCAGGGCUCGCCGCUCUUCGGUUCUUGAUGGGUGCCUUCGAAGCCAUCAUCGUCCCCGGCAUCUCCCUGAUGCUCGCUGGCUUUUACCUCAAGGAGGAGCAGCCCCCUAGAAACGCCCUUGUGUUUGCUGCUGCCAGUUCUGUCAUCAACGGCUUCCUCUCCUGGGCUGUUGGUCAUAUUCCUGAGAGUGCGCCGCUCGCCAUCUGGCAAUAUCUGUUUAUCCUGACUGGCUCCGUCUCCAUGACCUGGUCCAUCAUCGCAUUUAUCUGGCUCCCCGGAACCCCAAUGGACGCCUUCUUCCUCAGCGAUCGGGAGAAGCACCACGUCGUGAACCGUCUGGCUGCCAACAAAACUGGUAUUUCCAACAGCGUCUGGAAAUGGUCCCAGGUUAAAGAGGCGGUCAUUGACCCCAAGACCUGGCUCCUCUUCUUCUUCAACAUUGCCAUCAACAUUCCUAAUGGCGGCCUCGUCACGUUUGGCGGGCUGAUUAUCCAGGGCCUCGGUUACUCUGGCGUUGACGCAUCACUCCUCACCAUGCCGACCGGUGUCAUGUCCACCAUCGCCUCCUUUACCUUCUCGCUCUUGUCCGCCAAGUGGAAGAACCGUCGCUGCCUGGUCACAAUUUUGGCCUGCCUCGUCCCUAUCGUUGGUACCGCCGUCGUCUUCGCCCUCCCCCGAAGCAACCUUGCAGGGCAGAUGGUUGGUCUGUACCUCCUGUACACCUACUUUGGUCCUUAUGUCGUUGGUAUCGGCCUGGCCCAGGCUAAUACCGCCGGCCACACCAAGAAGUCGGUCGUGUUCGCCAUCCUCUACAUCGGAUACGCCGUCGGCAACCUUAUCGGCCCCCAGACGUUCCGCGCCAAUCAGGCUCCGGAAUAUGUCGGUGGCACCAUCUCCAUGAUCGUCUGCUACGGCGUUUGCAUGGCCAUCAUGGGCGCGUAUUGGGCCAUUGCCGCGUGGCAGAACAAGAAGAAUGCUGACAACCUGGCUGCUUCUGGUGACCAGGACGAGGAUGUGAUCGAAUCAUUCUUGGAUGAGACCGAUUUCGAGCAGAAGACGUUCAUUUAUACUACCUAG